AGCGUUCUGGGAGUUGUAGUCUCCCUGGAUGGAAACGUUUCCUUUGGCCGUGCGUGUGUAAUUCAAAGCUGGGUCACCCUCGGCCACGCUCGAAAAGCGGUGUGAACUUCUAAAGCGAAUGGAGUACAGUGAGGACAUGGAAACAAGACUCCUUCUGCAACCCUGGGCUUCCGUUUGCUUUGCUGAGUCCACACUGCUGGCCAAGGCUUAUUUUGGAGAUGCUGGCUAUGCCUUGCUCCUCUGUGACCUCCACCACAUGUGGUAUGAAAGGACAGACACUCAGAUCAUACAACAGCGGUCAAAGGAUCUAAACAAGCGACUGACUGCUCAUGCAUCCUCCUUCUUGAACCGCCUGCGCAGUCUGAUGUGUCCCCUUUUGGAAGGGCAGCCAACCAGUUCCACGUCUUUCUCCUGCGAGCUCAGCCCAAGCACACUGACUCUUCAUGUGAAGAGUGAGUUCUCAGGGCUGCCUUUCUACUGGGAUUUCUGCUGCUCCGUCGCGCCUGCUGAGAUGAUAUCCCGCCACCUCGUGCGACCCCUGAUGGCGAUGAGCCUGGCAUUGCAGAGUCAGGUGCAGGAGUUGGCAUCCUUGCUGCUCCGGAAGGACGCCGAGAUUGAAGACUACCAGGAGAGCGGGGCUGCUUUAAGUCGAGAACGUCUGAAAACAGAACCUUUCAAGGAAGAAUCCUUUCUGCAGAGAUUUGAGGACAAGACAUUGCCCGAAGCCUGCUGCCUGGGAGAUGGGCACAAGUUCACUUCUAGCCUAAAGAAGCUCUAUAUGGCAGUGACCCAGCACCAGGCCAGAGUGGCUUGCAAGCGACAUUCGGAAGCAUCAGGAGAUCCUGAGAGCCUGGAACGUAUCAGCACCCAGGAUUUGUCGAUUGAACCUGAACCAGAAGAAGGGGAAGCAGAAUGUCAGUCAACAGCAGCCCAGUGUGUACAAGGCACACUGGUAAGAGCAGAGUCUGGGCAUACAAGGGGGAAUGGGUCAGGAAAGGGUGUGGUUGGGAGUGGCUAUGCCUCGCUUGGAGGUUGACUAGUCCAUGCCAAUCGUUGCCUCCUUUCUAGGCAUCAUGCACCCAAGCCCAGAAGCCUCAAGUGCCCAUGACUAAGACCAAGAGGAAGAAGGCGAAAGGACUCUUCAGCUGAUGCAGGUGACCCUUUUACAGAGACAGACGUGUGAUUGUUUUCCUGAAUACUCCUCCCUCUUCCCGGAACAUCUGAACUCCCAAUAGUGCAGUACCACUUGGCUCAUUUUGCCAUAUUUAAACAUGGUGACUGGAAAGUGUCCCAGGUCUCACCACAAGCGUCUGCCUGCCCUUCCUGUGCUUGUUCUUUCACCUUUCAGCGGAAAUCUGGAGAUGGUGCGUGCAAAGCAGUGAGCAAAAGGUGGACCGUGGGCCAUCAUGGACAGGGUUAAGGCGCCAAAAAUGGUGAGGGCCACCUGAGCUCCCGUACCUCUUCUGCUACUAGAAUUUGCAAACUUCUUUUAUGCAAUAAAGACAUUAGUCAUGAAACUUGA